AUGUGCUUUCUUUUCAUGUCUCCUGCUGAUGGAUCUCACUCAAUCAAACUCAACGUGCCCAAGCCUGAAAGCAAAGCAACCCCCAAGCCCAAGCCCACGCCUGAAAGCAAAGCAAACCCCAAGCCCAAGCCCACGCCUGAAAGCAAAGCAAACCCCAAGCCCAAGCCUGAAAGCAAAGCAAACCCCAAGCCCAAGCCUGAAAGCAAAGCAAACCCCAAGCCCAAGCCUGAAAGCAAAGCAAACCCCAAGCCUGAAAGCAAAGCAAACCCCAAGCCUGAAAGCAAAGCAAACCCCAAGCCUGAAAGCAAAGCAAAUCCCAAGCCUGAAAGCAAAGCAAACCCCAAGCCCAAGCCUGAAAGCAAAGCAAACCCCAAGCCCAAGCCUGAAAGCAAAGCAAACCCCAAGCCCAAGCCUGAAAGCAAAGCAAACCCCAAGCCCAAGCCUGAAAGCAAAGCAACCCCCAAGCCCAAGCCCAAGCCUGAAAGCAAAGCAACCCCCAAGCCCAAGCCGAAGCCUGAAAGCAAAGCAACCCCCAAGCCCAAGCCCAAGCCUGAAAGCAAAGCAACCCCCAAGCCCAAGCCAAAGCCUGAAAGCAAAGCAACCCCCAAGCCCAAGCCCAAGCCUGAAAGCAAAGCAACCCCCAAGCCCAAGCCCAAGCCUGAAAGCAAAGCAAACCCCAAGCCCAAGCCCAAGCCUGGAGCGAUUUCCAAUGCGGGGAGCAGGAGAUCCCCUCCUCCUCCAUCCUCCACGAUUCUUCGUUCGCUCGUUCGACUGGAAUUCAAAUGUUUCAUCCACGGGCGGAACCGGGUCCUUGCGACCCAGCCCGCGAUACAUCCCCAACGGUCAGAACUCCCGCCUUUGUGGCAUCGUCGCGAUCUAAGCUCUCCACAACUCUCAGAUCCGGCUCUCCUCCUCACAAUCCCUCCCUCGCUCUCUCCCUUCGCAUUCCAUGGUGGACUGUAG